UCAAAUUUCUUCACAAACUCCAAAUCAAAACCCCAUAAAGUGAGGCAUGGAGGAGGAGGGAACCGAGAGGCGAAAGCAAGCCAGGCUUGCCAUUAUGGAACUCGCCAACAUGAUAAGCGUUCCCAUGGCUCUAAACGCCGUCGUUCGCCUCAACGUAGCCGACGCCAUCUGGCAGAACGGCGCCAACGCCCCCCUCUCCGCCGCUCAGAUCCUCCCCCGCCUCCUCCCCCCCGCCGCCGGCGACGCCGAGAACCUCCAGCGCCUCCUCCGUAUGCUCGCCAGCUACGGCGUCUUCCACGAGCACCUCGACGCCGGCGAACGGAAAUUUUCCCUCACCGACGUCGGCAAAACGCUCGUCACCGAUGGCGAAGGCCUGUCCUACGCGCCUUACGUGCUCCAACACCAUCAGGACGCUUUGAUGCGAGCGUGGCCGUUGGUGCACGAGGCAGUAGUGGACCCUACGAAGGAGCCCUUCGAGAGGGCGAAUGGAGAGGCAGCAUAUGGGUACUACCUGAAGCAGCCAGAGAUGAAUGAGCUAAUGUUAAGGGCCAUGGCUGGGGUCUCAGUGCCCUUCAUGAGGGCCAUGCUCCUUGGCUAUGAUGGCUUUCGAGGGGUGCAGAAGCUGGUGGAUGUGGGUGGCAGUGGUGGUGACUGCCUCCGUAUGAUCUUGCAAAAGCACCCUACAAUCAAGGAAGGGGUGAACUUUGACCUACCUGAAGUUGUGGCCAAAGCACCACAGAUUCCAUGUGUAACCCAUGUGGGUGGUGACAUGUUCAAAUUCAUUCCCCAAGGAGAUGCCAUCUUCAUGAAGUGGGUGCUAACAACAUGGACAGAUGAGGAAUGCAAGCUGAUAAUGCAGAACUGUCACAAGGCACUGCCUGAGGGAGGAAAACUAAUAGCUUGUGAGCCAGUGGUGCCAGAGAACUCAGAUGAGAGUCACAGAACAAGGGCAUUGCUUGAGGGUGACAUAUUUGUCAUGACAAUCUACAGAGCCAAGGGGAAGCACAGGACUGAAGAGCAAUUCAAGAACCUAGCCAUUGCUGCAGGUUUCCCUCGUUUCAAAGCCUUCCAUGUCGAUCAUUUCUACACCGUCCUUGAGUUUCAGAAAUGAAAUCAACCCACUUACUCUGCUAUGUUUCCAGUCUUCUGUUCUGUACACUUUUUAUUUUAACUAUAAAAAUCGAACUCACUUUCAUAGCUAGAAUUUAUAAUAAUUAACGUAGCUCUCUCGUGGGUUGGUCCUCUUGUGAUGUUUUUGUCCAUGAAAACAUGAUAUUGGAAGAUAAUUUGUAGGAGCAGUUGAAAUGUUGA